AUGUCUGAGCCCAUUCGAAAUGACGAGCUUACACAGCAAGGCGCGACACCCCUGCGCAGAGAACGAGCACCUACAAUCACCAUCGAUACCUCCGCGGUGAACUCUGAAGAACCUCCGCUCCAACUUCUUUCCAGUCCUCCUCAACCUUCGCUAAGAAUCUGCACCGAUACUGUCGAGUCGGACACGAACGCUCUAAGCCCUUCCAGUAAUGCCUCCCCGACAGACCUGCGAUACAGCGCGUCCAUCCGCUCCAAUGCCUCGUCAGAAGGCCGAGAUCGCGAACGAGAGGACCGGCCAACUUCACCCCAUAAUGUCUCAUCACCAAAGUCCAAGGCCCCCGAGGUCCAUUCCAACUUCCUGGCCGUACCUGGAACACGGUCUCGCGGCAACUCGUUGGAGUCGGAGGAUACGGGCCAGUCAUUAAGCACCUAUGGCGGAGAUACCUUUGUGCCCACAUCUCAAGGCUCGCGAUCGGAUCUUACGAAGAAUAAUCAUAAUAUCGACGACCAGGAUGCGCUUACUCCGGAUCCAGGUCGUGAAGAUGAGUUCCAGGUGGAAAAUAAUAAAUUUGCCUUUUCUCCGGGCCAGUUGAAUAAACUACUCAACCCCAAAAGUUUCGCUGCAUUCCGUGCUCUUGGUGGAAUUCGCGGCUUGGAAAAGGGGUUGCGCACUGAUGUGCAGAGUGGUCUGAGCGUGGAUGAGACGACACUGGACGGAGCUGUGGCUUUCGAGGAUGUAACCACAUCCGGUCCUGCGACGAAGACAUCAUCCCCGAUAGUCCCCUCGACAGUGCCCGCGGCUGGCACAGAUACAAUUGUCACGGAAUCAGACCAGUCAUUCGGAGAUCGUCGACGGGUAUUCGGAACUAAUAUAUUACCAGAGAGGAAAUUGAAGACCAUUUGGGAAUUGGCUUGGAUUGCCUACAACGACAAGGUGUUGAUCCUGCUGACGAUCGCCGCCAUUAUCUCUCUGGCUGUCGGUAUCCCACAAUCCCUGCACCCCACGGAUGGAGAACCAGGCGUGGAAUGGGUAGAGGGUCUGGCAAUUCUGAUCGCUAUUAUCAUUGUCGUCGUGGUUGGCGCGGCCAAUGACUGGCAGAAAGAAAGACAGUUUGCGAAGCUCAACAAGAAAAAGGAAAACCGCCUGGUGAAGGUUAUUCGGUCUGGGAAAACAGUUGAAAUCUCGAUCCAUGAUCUCGUCGUUGGAGAUGUCAUGUAUCUGGAGGCGGGCGACAUGGUCCCCGUAGACGGUAUUUUGAUUGAUGGUCACGAUGUUAAGUGUGACGAAUCCUCGGCUACUGGCGAGUCGGACCUCCUGCGGAAAACUCCCGGUGCUGAAGUCUACCGGGCGAUUGAGCAGCACGAAGAUCUUCGGAAAAUGGAUCCAUUUAUUAUCUCCGGUGCAAAGGUCUCCGAGGGUGUGGGCACAUUCUUGGUCACCGCGACAGGUGUGAAUUCCACCCAUGGCCGAACAAUGGUGUCCCUCCAGGAAGAAGGAGAAACGACUCCACUGCAAACCAAGCUCAACAAGCUGGCCGAGUACAUUGCCAAACUGGGUCUAGCAUCUGGAUUGCUGUUGUUUAUCGUGCUUUUCAUCAAGUUUCUCGUUCGACUAAAGAACAUUGAAGGCGGUGCCGAUGUGAAGGGCCAGGACUUCCUCCAGAUUUUCAUCGUUGCCGUGACCAUUGUCGUUGUUGCAGUUCCCGAGGGUUUACCGCUGGCGGUCACACUCGCUCUCGCUUUUGCGACGACAAGGAUGAUUAAAGAUAACAAUUUGGUUCGUUUCCUUAAGGCUUGCGAGACCAUGGGAAAUGCCACGACUAUCUGCUCUGAUAAAACCGGUACUCUCACUGAAAAUAAAAUGUCCGCUGUUGCGGCCACUCUGGGCACUACAUCCCGAUUUGGUGAUAAAUCCACAGGCCCGGCCAGUGAACGAUCUGGUGAUGUUUCCGCUGCGGAAUUCAUCGCAACCCUCUCGCCAUCCGUCAAGGACCUUCUUCUCAAACAUAUUGUUUUGAACUCGACCGCCUUCGAAGGAGAGCAGGAUGGUGUCAAACAGUUUAUUGGAUCUAAGACUGAAACUGCACUAUUGUCUUUUGCGCGCGAACAUCUUGGGAUGGGACCCCCUGCCGAGGCUCGGGCUAGUGCGAAGCUUACACAAAUGUUUCCUUUUGACUCAGCCCGCAAAUGCAUGGCCGUUGUUGUUAAGCUUGAGAACGGCAAAUAUCGAAUGUUGGUCAAGGGCGCCGCGGAAAUUCUUAUGGCCAAGUCGACCCGGAUUAUCCGUGAUCCCACUGCCGAGUUGUCCGAGGUACCCAUCACUGAGGAGAACCGUAACACAUUGGAUACGAUCAUGACAAACUACACAUCUCGCUCAUUGCGCUGCAUCGCUCUUGUCUACCGGGACUAUGAGCAGUGGCCCCCUCGCGGAGCCGCGACUCAGGAGAACGAUCGCAAUAUGGCAGUGUUUGAGUCCAUUUUCAAGGACAUGUCCAUAUUCGGUCUGUUCGGUAUUCAGGAUCCGGUGCGGGCUGGUGUUGCAGAAGCUGUUCACACCUGUCAGCGUGCUGGUGUCUUCGUUCGUAUGGUUACUGGUGAUAACAUUAACACGGCCAAAGCCAUUGCUCAGGAAUGCGGUAUUUACACACCCGGUGGUAUUGCCAUUGAAGGCCCUCAAUUCCGUAAAUUGAGCUCGAAGCAAAUGAACCAAAUCAUCCCGAGGUUGCAGGUUCUUGCACGGUCCAGCCCUGACGACAAGAAGACUCUCGUGAACGCACUGAAGAAGCUGGGCGAGACUGUCGCUGUGACUGGAGAUGGUACCAAUGAUGCUCAAGCUCUCAAAAACGCUGAUGUUGGUUUUGCGAUGGGUAUUACGGGUACAGAAGUUGCAAAGGAGGCGUCGGAUAUUAUCCUGAUGGAUGACAACUUUGCGUCCAUUGUCAAGGCUAUGGCUUGGGGUCGCACAGUUAGUGAUGCGGUGAAGAAGUUCCUUCAGUUCCAAAUCACUGUCAACAUCACCGCUGUCGUUCUUACAUUCGUUUCUGCAGUUGCCAGCAGUUCAGAGGACUCGGUUCUCAGUGCGGUCCAACUGUUGUGGGUCAACCUCAUCAUGGACACCUUUGCUGCCCUUGCACUUGCAACGGAUCCCCCAUCGCCAUACGUUCUUGACCGCAGACCGGAGUCGAAAUCGUCUCCGCUUAUUACUGUCACCAUGUGGAAGAUGAUCAUUGGACAAGCGAUCUACCAAUUGGUGGUGACUUUCGUACUGAAUUUUGCCGGACAAUCCAUCUUUUCCUCCUGGGAUGCGGACAUCAUGCAGACUGUGGUGUUUAACACUUUCGUCUUCAUGCAAAUCUUCAACCAGUACAACUCUCGCCGCAUUGACAAUAAACUCAACAUCAUGGAAGGAAUUUGGCGCAACAAAUGGUUCAUCGGCAUCCAAACUAUUAUCAUUGGGGGUCAAGUCUUGAUCAUUUUUGUCGGUGGGCAAGCCUUCUCCGUCAAGCGUCUCGACCAAGGAAGCCAGUGGGCCGUCAGCUUGGUUCUCGGUGCUAUUUCAUUGCCUAUUGCAGUGAUAAUUCGCCUUAUCCCUGACUCGUUCGCCAGCAAGCUCGUCCCACAAUUCUGGCAUCGCAAGAAGACUGGUCCUGAGCUUGUUGUUUCCGAUGAAGAUCGGCGAUACGAGUGGAACCCGGCUUUGGAGGAGAUCCGCGAUCAGCUUGCCUUCAUCAAGACUGUUCGUGGUGGUCGCUUGAGACACAUUCGUCAUAAGCUACAGCAUCCCCAGGAAUUCCUGCCUCGAUCCCGAAGUGGAUCUCGGUCUCGGGAAUCUUCCGUUCCUCCCACACCAACUGGUGACGAUAACGGAAGCCCGCCUGCUCUGCCCGCGACCCCGGAGUCUCGCUCCCGACGGAACACUCGCUCCCGAUCUAAUUCAACUUUUGGACCCGCCGCUGCCAUGGCCGGUAUCGUGGCCGGCAGUAUCGCCGGAUGGUCUCCUAUCGAACGAGGCCAUGACGAUGCCGACUCCAUGACAUUCCCCAUUAUGGGCACGCCUAGCGCAUUGGAUAAUCAGCGGGGUAUCGAAGUCCACCCCGAUACAGCCGCCGAUGACCGCGUCUUUAGCGAAUACUCCGCCAAUUCCAAGACACCACCCAGCCAAAACCCAGAUCUCACCCCCUUCUUCGAACACGCUCCUACAACGGAUCGAGCACCGUCCAGUCGCGGUCGCCGAUCUCUUUCUCAGCGCUCUAGAUCGAGUCUGAGUCCAUCUCAGGUAUAG